CCUCCAACUCUCUCUCUCCUCCCCCUUCCUGCAAGCUCAACCCAACCCACUCAGAGAGUCACAUUGACUCAGCGAGCGUGUUCGAAAAAAAAAAUUAACAAACACGAACUCGAAUAUUAGAGUUUCUUCCCGGAAAAGGAAUUAAGCAAGGAGAUUAAGUUGACGGAUGAUUCUGUUUCUCUUGGAAAAUGAAUCGCUUUUUCAUCUCCGUUCAUUUUUUCUUCGUUGUCUUCUCGGCAACUCUGAUUUCUCAGAAUUCAGCAUUCACUGAUCCUCUUGAUGUCUCCGCUCUUCAGGAUCUAUACAGAACCUUAAACACCCCGCCGUUGCUGGAAAGAUGGAAUGGCGAUGAUCCCUGUCAGGAGUCUUGGACAGGAGUAGCAUGCUCUGGCUCAUCAGUUAUACACCUAAAAAUUCAAGGAUUAAACCUCACUGGAUAUCUUGGAGGCCUUCUCCACAAUCUACAGAACUUGAAGCACCUUGAUGUCAGUUCUAACAACAUAGUGGGAGAAAUACCAUCUGGUUUACCCCCAAAUGUCACACACAUAAAUAUGGCUUACAACUAUCUGAGCCAAAGUAUCCCACCAUUAUCAGCCAUGAAAAAACUAAAACAUCUGAAUUUAAGCCACAAUUUCUUGUAUGGACCCAUUGGCAAUGUGUUUGCUGGGUUAGAUGAACUCAAAGAAAUGGACCUUUCCUACAACAAUUUCACUGGAGAUUUGCCGAGUUCAUUUGGCUCCUUGAAAAACCUUGGGAAAUUGUUCCUUGAGAACAACAGAUUCACUGGAUCAGUCACGUACCUGGCUGCGCUUCCUCUCACCGAUUUGAACAUCCAGGAUAAUCUGUUUAGUGGGAUUCUUCCACCACAUUUUCAGUCCAUACAAAACUUAUGGAUUGGAGGGAAUAAAUUCCAAGCAGUGGACGACUCUCCUCCCUGGCCUUUUCCUUUGGACAGUGUACCAGUUGAGCAUAAUAGUACUCGUCCACCCAUAACGCAAACGAAUGCCAUAGAGAAUUAUGCUUCUGCUAAAGCAAUCAAGCACAAGAAGAAACACAUGGGCCCUGGAGGAAUAGCUUUUACAGUUGGUGGAGUAACAUUAUUGGUAGCUGGAUUGACACUCUUCAUUGCAACUCGUUUGAAUAGAUUACAUUCUGAGAGACUGAAGAACUUGGAAAGUGUUGAAAGAUCAUUCCCUUCUCUUCCAAUCAGUGACUCAAAAGAUAUCUCUACUACUGCCGUAGAUGAGAGCCUGCAAAUCCCACCUUUCAAUUCUGCAUCCCUUUUGGUUCCAAGGCGACUACCUUCCCAACAUCAUAAAAAAAAUGGAGAAACAACAAGGAGGAGUUUUUCCGAAAGAGAAAAGGUAACUGGGAGGACAAAAGUUUAUACAGUAGCAGAGAUUCAGUUGAUUACAAACAGCUUCAGUGAAGACAACCUUCUUGGAGAGGGAUCUCUUGGUCCUGUUUAUAGAGCUGAAUUUCCAGAUGGAAAGGUUUUAGCUGUGAAGACUAUCACCAUGGCGGGCUUGUCUUUCAGUGAAGAGGAGAAGUUCUUAGAUGCAGUUUGCACCGCUUCCCGUUUAAAACAUCCUAACAUUGUUGCACUCAAAGGUUACUGUUUGGAGCAUGGGCAGCAUCUCCUUGUCUACGAGUAUGUCAGAAAUUUAACUCUAGAUGAUGCUCUUCACAGUGAUGCAUACAAGCCUUUGUCAUUGACCAUCCGUCUCCAGAUUGCUCUUGGUGUUGCUCAGGCUCUGGCCUAUGUGCACUCCAGUUCCCCUCCUGUAGCCCACGGAAACUUGAAGUCUUCCAAUAUUCUGCUAGAUGAAAAUCUAAUGCCUCGUGUUUGUGACUGCGGCUUGACUAUUUUGAGACCACUGACAAGCAACAAGGUCAAAACUCGAGCUUUGGAGAUUUCUAUCAGAGAUGCAGGCUACAUUUCACCAAACCAUGGUCAACCAGGAACUAACAGCUGCACAGAAAGUGACGUCUUUGCAUAUGGGGUGUUGCUUUUGGAACUAUUAACCGGAAGGGAACCUUUCGAUGGUUCCAGGCGGAAGGAAGAGCAAUAUCUAGCUCAAUGGGCUUCAUCCAGGCUUCAUGAUAGCGAGACCUUGGAACAGAUGGUGGAUCCUGCAAUUCAAAAGACAUUUUCAUCCAAGGCUCUUUCUCGUUAUGCUGAUAUACUCUCCCUCUGCCUACAGCCUGUAAAGGAAUUUCGGCCACCAAUGUCGGAAAUAGCAGAAUCACUUGCUUCUUUCAUGCAACGGCUCAACGCGUCAAAGAGCGGCGCAGCAGAUAGGAAUGGACCAGUGUCUGAUCCGCUCGAGAGGUCUUUCCGGACAACUGCAUCUCAUUUUAUUGCUUCACCCACAUUGAGCUACGUGUCCGCCUGAUGUUUUGAACUAACUCAGUAACCAAAAAAAGCAUCCACACUUCCAGUGAUUUCUUUCAUUGACAUUAACGAGCCAGAAACUUGCAUGUCCCUGACCACUCUUCAACAUUUUAAUUCGUUUAUACAAUAUUACAGCAUGAAUCAAACAGCUUAAA